GUUUGCUUCUUUGAGGGUGCGGUGUUUGCUGUGCCUGCUCUCGGCUGUGAGGUGCUGGCGCCGGCUGUCGCUGCCGCCGUUGUCGGCGUCUCCGCCGCCUGAGGUGUCGCGGUAGCCGCAGCAGCCUGGCCCUGCCUUUGUCCCGGUGUCACUGAGGAUGAGCCCCCGCGCUGCUCAGCGCGCGUCCCGCCCUGCCCGCCCGAGUCCAUUCAUCUAGCGACUGGUCUCCCUUGCAAUUAUGGAGUGUUAGAAGAAUUAAGGUAGUGUGGAGGGGGAAUCCCCCUCUGCACACUUGAGAUAGUUGGAAUUUUCUAUGGACAAGAAUAUUUGUUAUAUAAGAUGGUGAAAUAAGACUUCUAAAAAUAUAUAUUUAUAAAUAUUUAUUUGGAUCAAGUGCCAAACAUAGCAGUACAAAUAUUUCUAAUGGCAGCUCAAUAAACUGGAUUUGCAUCCUUGGAAUUACAAAAUUUUUUAAGGCACUGUGUUGUGUACUGAAUUGAGUGCCUUGAUAAACUUAAGGGCUGUUCCCCUUAAGGAGAGGAGUAGGUGAAAAUGAAUUCUCUCAUGCCAGAGUGCACUUCAAAAUGUCGAUCUCUACAGCAUGCUUUGGAUGUUAUUUCUGUAGUAACCAGAGGAAGCGAAGGCCAGAUCAAAGCCUUUCUCUCUUCUUACUGCUACAAUGCUGCAACUCUAAAGGAUGCCUUUGGUAGAAACGCUCUACAUCUUGCUUCGUCUUGUGGCAAAAAAGGCGUGCUAGACUGGUUGGCUGAGGUCAAAGGAGUAGAUCUCUCAGUGAAAGACAAAGAGUCUGGAUGGACAGCUUUGCACAGAAGUAUAUUUUAUGGAUACAUUGAUUGUGUUUUGUCGUUACUGAAGCAUGGUGUUAGUCUCUAUGUUCAGGAUAAAGAAGGCUUAUCAGCUCUGGAUCUUGUGAUGAAAGAUAGGCCAGUCCAUGUGGUGUUCAAGAAAACUGAUCCCACAGAAGUCUACACUUGGGGAAACAAUAUAAAUUUUACUUUGGGUCAUGGUGGCCAACAGGGUAAACAUCAUCCUGAACUGGUGGACCUCUUUCCUCGGAAUGGCGUGUAUAUCAAACAGGUGGUACUCUGUAAAUUUCAUUCCGUGUUCCUUUCCCACAAAGGUCAAGUUUAUACUUGUGGACAUGGACAAGGAGGACGAUUGGGUCAUGGUGAUGAACAAACAUGUCUGAUUCCAAGACUCGUGGAAGGCUUAGCUGGCCAUCAGUGCUCCCAGAUAGCGGCAGCUAAGGAUCAUACUGUUGUUUUAACAGAAGAUGGAUAUGUUUACACUUUUGGUUUAAAUACUUUCCAUCAAUUGGGUAUUCUUCCUCCUCCUUCUAACUGCAGUGUUCCUAGACAGGUUCAGGCAAAAAAUCUGAAAGGUAGAAUGGUGAUUGGAGUGGCUGCAGGCAGAUUCCAUACAGUGCUAUGGACUAAGGAAGGAGUUUAUACCAUGGGGCUGAAUGGUGGCCAGCUAGGUUAUCUGCUGGAUCCUAAUGGAGAAAAAUGUGUAACUUCACCUCGCCAGGUUUCUGCUCUACACCAUAAAGAUAUCUCUGUGUCCUUGGUCUCUGCAAGUGAUGGUGCUACAGUAUGCGUUACUGAAAGAGGAGAUAUUUAUUUACUUGCAGACUACCAAUGCAAAAAGAUGGCUUCAAAACAGCUGAACCUUAAAAAAGUUCUUGUCAGUGGGGGAUAUUUGGAAUAUAAGGUAGAUACCCAGCAUCUUAAAGAAAAUGGAGGUCAGAAGAUUUGCAUUCUAGCACUGGAUGAAGCUGGAAGAGUGUUUUGCUGGAAGUCAUCUAACAACUCCAUGAAGCAGUGUCGUUGGGUGUAUGGCCGGCAGGUCUUCAUGUCUGAUGUUGCUUUAAAUGGGAACGAAAUAAUGUUUGUCACACAGGAUGGUGAAGCCUUUUCAGGGAAGUGGCUAGACGAAGGGAAAAAAUUCUCAGAAAAAAAAGCAGAACUUGUGUCAAGCCUUCAGAAUUCUUCAUGUGAUGUGUCCUGUGAACAUGAUACAAACAGUGUGUAUGAAAGAAUUCGACUGCAGAAGCUGACUUUUGUCCACCGAGCUGUUAGUAUUGCCACCGAUCCUAAUGGUUGCAAUUUUGCUGUUUUACAGUCAGAUCCUAAAACAAGUCUCUAUGAAAUUCCAAGUGUGUCAUUAUCAAGUUUUGGAGAGGAUUUUGGCAAACUGUUAGAUGAAACAGAUGAAAUGGACAGCAUCCAUGAUGUGACUUUUCAGAUUGGCACAAGAACUUACCCUGUGCACAAAUACAUCUUGGCUGUACGCUCCGACUUCUUCAGGAAGUUGUUUGUUUCCAGUGACAACCAGCUAGACACUACAGACAUCUACCGUAAAGAUGAAGAUGCUGUUGGAUGUGAUCUUUAUGUAGUAGAGAAAGUUCAUCCAGAUCUGUUUGCGUACCUUCUGCAGUUCAUAUACACUGAUACGUGUGAUCUUCUGACUCAUGGUUAUAAACCAAAAAUCCUGCACAAAGGAAAAUCAGAAGAAUACCAAGGUACCUUAAUUUCUAACCUGAGCAAAAUGAGUUUUAAUGAAAAUGUUAAUGGAAAGUCUACAUUUGAGAUUUAUAGAAAUAAUCAAGUGCAAGUUAUAAAUGAAAAACAGAAGACCAAAUCUAAAAAAUGCAAAGCUGUUGGUGAAGAAGCUAACCUCAUAAAAAUGUUGCAAAGUUCUGCAAAGAAGUUUGGACUCAGUAAUUUAAGUGGAAGGUUGGAUGGAGUCAGGUUAGAAAAUGGAAAAAUUAAUGUUGUCAACAAGAAGAAUGGGAAUAAAAUGAAGUUAAAUCAGAAGAAAUGUUCAUACCUCUGCGAUGUGACCCUGAAAUCUUUAGAUGGAAAGGAAUUCCCAUGUCAUAAGUGUGUACUUUGUGCAAGACUUGAUUAUUUUCACAGCAUGUUAAGCAGCUCAUGGAUUGAGGCUUCCUGUUGUUCAGCUCUGGAAAUGCCAAUACAUUCUGACAUUCUACAGAUAAUUGUAGAUUACCUGUAUACAGAUGAAGCUCUUGCAAUAAAAGAUUCUCAAAAUGUGGAAUUCAUAUGUAAUGUUCUUGUUGUGGCAGACCAGCUUCUUAUAUCCAGACUCAAAGAAAUCUGUGAAGUAGCCAUUGCAGAAAAAUUUACUUUAAAGAAUGCUGCUGAGCUGUUGGAGUUCUCUGCAAUGUACAAUGCUGAACAGUUAAAACUGUCGUGCUUGCAGUUCAUAGUACUUAAUAUGGCAGCUUUGCUUGAAUCGAGGACUCUGGAUAUCUUAAGUGAUGAAGUUGUAAAGGAUCUUUCAGAUUAUUACAGGAAAACUAUUCCUGCUAUGGUCAGGAGAGUUAUUACUCCAUAUCCAGAUGGACCCGACAUAAGUUCUUUUGAACCUGAAGAUGGAGAGAACUUUGUCUUUUUAAGGGAAGAAAUGAAUAUAGAACAAAAUUCUCAGGAAGCCCUUUUCAAAAAAGCAAAAAAUAAAGCAAAGAAGAAGCCACGAAAACGGUCCAAUAGUUCUGGAGGAUAUAAUUUAUCAGAUAUUAUUCAGAGUCCAGCCUCCACAGGCUCUGUAAAACUGGAUAAAACUAACUCUGUAGAAUCACUUCCAGAACUCUUAACAUCUGACUCUGAAGGCAGUUAUGCAGGAGUGGGUAGCCCCAGAGACUUGCAGUCCCCGGACUUCACCAAAGGAUUUCAUCCAGAGAAGGCUGAGAUGAAGGACAAAGCAUGCAAUCAUGGUAUGAAACCUUCUCAACCUAAUAGGGAUAUGAAGUCAUACAAGGGAUCAUCAGCGUUGACACAGUCUCUUCCACAGUCCAUUCCCCAUGCCAAAAACAACUCUGGAAGCUCUCCCAAUUGGGUAGCAGCUAGUUUCAGCCCUGCCAGCCCUCCUGCUAUGGAUCUAAGAACUAUCAUGGAAAUUGAAGAAAGUAUGCAGAAAUGUGGAGCCAUGCCAAAGGCAAAUUCAGGCAGAAUGGCUUCUCAUGGAAUCAAACUUUCCCAGAAGCAAAGGAAAAUGAUUGCACUUGCAGCAAAAGAUAACGGAUCAAUAACUAGCAGCACAGAGACUACUACAUUAGUAACUGCACCACCCCCACCUACACAAGUUGUAAAACUAGGAAAUGCCUGGUCAUCUUCAUUACAUUCUGCUUUCCCAAAGUCAUUCCGUGAUCUUGUAAUGGAAGAAGAAAAAUGCAUGAAUGCAAAUAAUUCUCCUGGUACUGGUAUCAAAAGAGCUGGACAUAAAGGAACUGAGGAUUCAUCAGCCCAAAACACCAUAAGGAGCACCACUGUAAGUAGCCCAGCCCUAGAAGACCGUGUUCUGGAUUCUCCACAGCUGGAGAGUCAUAAUCCUUGGUCAGCAGCAUCACCAACUAGCUCUCCUGUGAUAGCACCUGUCAUGUUUUCAGCUAUCGUAGAAGAAGAGCUCCAGCAAGAAGCUGCCCUUAUUAGGAGCAGAGAAAAACCUUUGGCUUUGAUCCAGAUCGAGGAGUGUGCUAUUCAAGAUUUAUUAAUCCACUAUGAAGCUUUUGACAACCCUGAUGAAUUUGUGACUGUUGAAAGGGCUCCUCAGGGACCUAUAGCAGCACCUAUGUGGAAUAAGCACUGAUUUGUACUUUUCACAGUCCACGUUGUAUGUGCACUCUGAAGUUCUUGUUAUAAGUAAAAUGGGACUGGAAGAACAGGAAUCAUGUGAUCUUUAACAUCAGCAUUAAAACACUGCACAUAAUAACUGGGUAUUUGUUAGAGAGAAUGGAAAUAAUGUGCUCACGGUGUCCUUUACCCACAUAUAUAUUGUAUGUAUGUUUUGAGAGAAUUUCCUUGACAAGACAUAUUAUUAGUAAAGUUACAUGAAACAGUAGAUUGGAAAUGUAUUUGCUAAUCUUAAAUUGUGAGGGGUUUUUGUUAAAUUCACAGGUGGCUGAAAAGUGAGUGCUUAUUUUGUGAUUUAAUGUGGAAUUGAAUGUGCAGAAUUAUACAUCUUCAAAGUUUGGGGCAGGAGUGGUUCUUCACAGCUUUCUGGCAAAUUGGGAAUAUUGGAUAAAGUUUGUAUUUGAACUUCAUGUAAAAGUACAGUUUGAUAAUGCAGUUUUCCUUAAGUUACGUAUGCAAGUACUGGUUCUCUGACUCUUGUGGCCAGUACUUUUUACUGUCAUGCUCCACACUGUAUCCAAGUGCCCUGCCAUUGCCUGCUCUCAGUUGAGUUGUGCAUGUUUUUCACUGCUGUGGGACUGGCCUCUGAGCAGUCAGCCCUAUUGUAAAGUAAAGCACAGUUGAAUAGAAUGUGGUGACACUUAAUUAGCUCAUCUGUAGUCUUAUUCUGGUAAAUAUGGUACAGGUUUUUAGAACCACUGUGUUUAAGGUACAAUUCACUUGAAGUGCUGAGGAAAUAAGAGCUGUGUAUUUGUUACUAAAGCUAUGGGGGUGAAUGCUUGACUGUGGAAUUUGAAAAUACCUAACCUUCAAAGAUUAUCAUAGAUGGCUUUCAGUAUUGUGUGUUCCAAAGUUCUCUGUGCCUGGUUUAGACAAAUGUAUAUACAUAUAAAAAAAAAGGGGAAAAAAAAAAAAGUAGCCUUACCUGCAAUAUUCUGUCUAGUUUGUCUGUUUGUAUAGGUGUGCUUGAUCUUGUACUUUUUCAAUAGUGUCAGUACUCAUGAACUCUGGAGAACUGGAAUUGAGCAAGCUACAGAAAAUGAAUGUAGAGAACUGAUCACUGUGUGAUAAAAGAAUCUUGAAAAAAACCUAUGUAGAUAUGUCUGACAGUUUCAAGUCAAGCUACACCAAAAAAUCCCCCAAGAAAAUUGUAAACAAAUGCAAUAAACCAUAAAAUCUUGAUUUACACAAA